AUGCAUACUCGAGCGGCUCAAGUGAUUCUGCUUGUCUUUUCCCUCAUUCUAGCCAUCUUCAUCCUCAUCGCUGCGUCCAAAUAUGCCGCAUGGGCUCAUGUUAUGACCACAGCAACCGGCGAUUCAUUCGCACUAGUCUUGUACAUCGGCACCAUCCCGCUAUUCUCUCUUCUCUACACGACCGCGCACCUGGCAGCCCUUCAAUUCAACAUCCUCCCUAUCCCACAAGGUACUGGUACGGGCACCCGCAAAACGACCCACUCAUCACCAUACGACACCGACUACACGGCCACAAGCACAUUCGUUAUCCUCCUCUUCUCAAUCCUCCACUUCCUGAUGUGGCUUCUCCAAUCCAUCCUCUGCACAUCAUGCGAACUGGCGCCCAUCCUCGCCGGCACCGAGGGCCGCGUGCCACGCUGGUGUCCUCAAUCGCGGUUCAAGGAUAGCGGUCAACCCAGUCUGGCGAACACGCUGGCCACCCUCGCCACAGUGAAGGACUUUACUCAGUGGAUCAUGGUCCUGAUGACGAUGUUUCUCAUCGAGUGCGCGCGCCGCGAGUACACUUGCGCCGAGCACGUGCGCAGCGAAGCCUUCCGGCGUGAAGGCACGGAUGUCGAAGCCAUCGACUUGACCGUCGCCAAGAUCAGCGGGCCCAGACUGCUCACGCCCGAAGAAAUCGCCACCCAGCAGCGGCUCAAGGAUGAGGAAGAGGCGGAGAAGCAGAAAGAAGAACAGGACCGUCGGGCGCGGAUGAACGCUCCGCGGCAGCCUAUGGGGCCGGGCGUCCCGGGCAAUACGGACAACUACUACGGCAAUGGGAUGACGUUGAAAAGAAGCAAUACUUUGAAUUACAUGUAUGAGUCAAGGAUAUGA